GUCAAAAAGUGCGGUGUCGAAUCGUGUGGUGCCAAAUCGUGCAAUGUUCGCGUCGAAUUGUGCGGUGUCAAAUCAUGCGGUGUCCAAUCGUGCGGUGUCGAAUCGUGCGGUGUUAAAUAGUUACGUGUCCAAUAGUGCGUGUCUAAUCAAGCGGUGUCGAAUCGUUACGUGUCCAAAAGGAGGUCACCCUCUGUUGAGACGGUGGAAAUCGUUCCUUGAGCUCUCGCGAAGACAGCAAAGACGACGAAUCCGCACCCUUGUGCAAGCGGAUCUCGAUUAUUUAGCAAAUGCAGCGAAUAAUGCUGCGUCUAGUCCUUCAUGCUCACCGCCAACAGCUCGUGCUUCUAAUAUUCCCAAUGACGUUUGUCAUCAAAUUGAUGAUUUCUUUGAUAAUAUAAUCUUGAACGCUUUGAUGACGCAGAUCUCAAUUUACUAAUCAGUGAAAGACCGACACUGACUAAUACAGAUAUCCAGAUGGAGAAUCAGUCUCAAUCGAUUAUCACUCGUCCCUCUAGUAUAACUGAUCUUAAAAAUUUUCUUGCUCAUUGGACAAUCCAAAACAAAAUACCUCAAUCCCUUGUGAACGAUCUUUUGAGAGGGUUAAAGAAAUUUGGUCAUCCUGAGCUUUCGUUUGAUGCCAGGACAUUAUGUGACACGCCAAACAGAAUUGAUAUACAGGCUCUCGCUGGAGAUGAUUGUAGAGAGGAUCGAAAGGCGCGUUUUGAGGAUUUAAUUCUACAAAAAGUAAAUGAGUUGCUGAAAGUAGUGCGAAGAAAUGAUAACCUAGUGGAGUGUAUAGAUCGUCAUUAUGCACUUCUGCCCCAGAUGCCAUUCAAUGAUAUUAACGAAUUACAAAGAUUCGAUCGUGAUCUCAAAGACAAUGGACAAAUGCGAGAUCAAUUUAUGAAAAAAAUUCAAGACAUUCGGCGGAAAAUCGGUUCAAAAAGCCGUUAAAUAUGCAAUGGAAGUAGUUAUGACGGAUGAUUUAAUUCAACAAGUCGUUUGAACCCUCGGAGCUGAGAACAAAUAAAAAAUCUCCAAGUUCACGUUUCCAUGAUAUGUCAUAAUUGAUGUUGUACAUACGUAACACAUUUGAAGGGACAAAAAUCAAAGCUGUCGAAGAUCGAAUUGCCGAGUGGCUUCGCCGUGGGGGCGACCGGAAAAAAGCUGAGAAUAAACGUUGAGAACGUCUAAAUCUUCAGCAGUGAUACAUCAUUGUACUUGGUAGAUAUGUAUAUUACACUGUACUGCGUCUAUAUGCAUUACGCGUGCUUUUUUUUAAUAAGAUAAAUAUAGGUGUCAAGAUAUUGGUAUCAUUUAAUAAGAUCAAUAUAGGUAUAGAUGUUUUUUUUUCAAUAAGAUAAAUAUUACAGGUAUAAGUUCCUAAUAUAUAGAUAAGUAGAUUUUUGAUAAUGUUGUU